AUGAACUUUUCUGAGCUCUUCCGACAGUCAUCCCAGCUCUGUAGAUUUUCCCCAGAUGGAAAAUACUUGGCAUCUGGUGUUGAUUACAGACUUGUGGUCCGAGAUGUGGAGACACUUCAGAUCCAGCAUCUUUACUCUUGCCUGGAUGCUGUCCAGUAUAUUGAGUGGUCGAGCGAUUCCCAGUUCAUUCUGUGUGGUAUGUUCAAGAGAGGAUUAGUACAGGUUUGGUCGCUGGAGAUCCCAGACUGGAACUGCAAAAUAGACGAGGGAUCUGCUGGCUUGUGUCAUGUGACUUGGAGUCCAGAUAGUAGGCAUAUCUUAACAACUGCAGACUUUCAUCUACGGAUCACAGUGUGGUCACUAGUGACCAAGUCGGUCUCUUACAUCAGGUAUCCCAAACAGUGUUCCAAAGGAAUGGAUUUUAGCAGAGGGGGCAAGUACAUGGCAUUAGCUGAACGUCGGGACUGCAAGGAUCAUAUUAGCAUCUUCUCUACUCAGUCUUGGUCACUAGUCAGGCACUUUGAAUGUGACACAGAGGACCUUGCUGGCUUGGAGUGGUCGCCAGAUGCCCGGGUUUUAGGUGUCUGGGACUCCUGUCUAACCUACAAAGUGCUUCUCUACUCACUGGACGGACGAUGCCUGGCUCACUUCAGUGCCUACAACCUUGCCCUUGGAGUAAAGUCCCUGACCUGGUCCCCAUCCAGUCAGUUUCUAGCCAUUGGAAGCUAUGAUGAAAAGGUUCGCCUGCUGAACCACGUUACAUGGAAAACCAUUGCCGUGUUUAACCAUUCUGAGGUCAUCGAUGGAACAAAUGUGGUUGUCUACAAAGAGCUACAGAGCCGAACCCCGACUGCUCCAUCUGGCAUAGCUAAGACUCCGAUAGCAAGCUUAUUUACACCUCAGAGUAAAUAUGAGGUGGAACAGUGUCCAGUCAAAGUCCCUGUGGUCAAGCCGUCGGUCAACAAGGCCGUCCCCAGACUUGGUGUGGGCUUGUUGUCCUUCAGCUGUGACAACAAAUACUUGAUCACAAGAAAUGACAACAUGCCGUGUGCUGUGUGGAUAUGGGAUAUUUCAAAGCUGGCCCUGUGUGCUGUACUCAUACAGUCUCACCCAAUCAAAUGCGUAUGUUGGGACCCCCGACAUCCUCGCCUGGCCUUAUGUACGUCGUCCAACAAGCUCUAUAUGUGGUCCCCGGAUGGUUGUUUGUCGGUUGAAGCACCUGUUGAAGGUACAUUUUUGAUCCACAGUCUGUCAUGGCACCCAGAAGGGGAGGCAAUCCUACUGAUCGGCAAAGAACAGAUGUGCGUCUGCUUCUUGUCUCCGACAGACGCCAAUGCUGCAGCUGCCCACAACACCAGCACAAUCAGUCAGGCUAACGACACCAGGACGCACCAGACACAUACUAUCAGCACUAUAAAAAACCUGGACAACAGUGGAGCUACCAUCACAGUGGACAGUUUGGACUUGUGA